AUGGAAAGUGAUGGCACCAGCAACUCCAUAUUGCCAUUGGGGAUGCUCGAGGCCCAGCUCGGGCAGAUUGACUUGCUCAUGGCCAUGUACCCUGCACCAGGCAACGUCGUUCUCGGCGACUCUGACAAGGCCACCCUAGAGCGCCUGCGAGAUGCGAUGGCGGAAGACCCUUCGCUGGAUACAUUGCCCGGAUUCCCAGAUGUCGACUUGCUACUCGAGCUAGAGCUCUCUACACAGGACAAUGCGGAAUUGCCCAAGGCGAUCCAACUCUGCAUCACCAUCCCGCUCUGCAUUCAGCAACAUGUUACAGACGAGGCACCGCCAGCGCGGGUUAGGCUGCAGCAGCCAUCCUGGAUGAGCAAAGCAGAGGCCAACAAUCUGAUGGCGGAGCUGCCUAAAGAGGACGACCUCUUUGCGACAAUUGACAACAUCACCGCCGCCGCCAGCUCGCACCUCUCACAAGCCCAGACGCAGGACGCCGCUGCCGCCUCGCCACCGUCACGAGAAACCGAAACCCUGACGCGCGUCUGGUUCUACUUUCCCUCCAUCAGCACGCGUUCCAAGCGCGACGACCUGGUGCGCCACGCGCCGGCGUACGGCCUCACCGGGUUCCUGCUCGCCGGCAAGCCAGGCAUCCUGUGCGUUGAGGGCGGCUCGCAGGCCGUCGACGACUACAUGAAGUACAUCAAGACGGAGAGCUGGGGCGACAUUCCCGCGCACCAUAAAAAAGUCAGCGAGCGGUAUCGGCAGACGGGCCUCGCGGCGCGCGCCUUUGCUGGCAUGUGCGAAAUUACGGGCGAGCUGGAGCGGCGCGGCGAGAGGGCCAACAGGAACGACAUGAGGGCUCUCGAGGCCUGGCUGGGCGAGAGGGGUCUCGGAGAUGCCUUUGCAAGGGUGCUCAUUUGA